UUUUGCUGAUCAGAAAAUGGCUGGCAAAAAGGAAGAGUCGCCUCAAGCACAAUCGGGAGAUGCAGCAACUGCUGCCGCUUCUCCAGGUCCAGCCAGUGCAACAGGACCAUCGGAGAAUCUGAAUUCUAGUGGUGGCAACUCUACAAGCUCUCCCCCCGUGGUUUUAAAGAGUGGGCCACUUUUUAUAUCAUCAAAAGGAAUUGGAUGGACAUCAUGGAAGAAAAGGUGGUUCAUUUUGACACAUACUUCGCUGGUUUUCUUCAGAAGUGAUCCUAAUGCCAGUUCUCAGAAAGGGAAUGAAGUAAAUUUAACUCUUGGCGGUAUUGAUCUCAACAAUUCAGGCAGUGUGGUUCUCAAAGCUGAUAAAAAACUUAUUACCGUACUAUUUCAAGAUGGCUGCGAUGGACGAACCUUCACACUCAAGUCUGAAACUUCGGAGGACUUGUACGAGUGGAAGGCUGCACUUGAGAAAGCUUUGUCACAAGCACCAAGUUCUGGGGGACAAAAUGGCGCCCUCGGGAAUGAUCAGGCAGAUGCAAUUGAUGCUUCUAAGGAACCAAGUAAAUCUACAGUCUUACACAGACCAAUUUUACUUGCACUGGAAGAUGUUGAUGGGGCUCCAACUUUUUUGGAGAAGGCCCUAAGAUUUGUAGAAGAAUAUGGAGUCAAAGUAGAAGGGAUCUUGAGGCAGGCUGCAGAUGUUGAGGAUGUUGAGCGCAGAAUUUGGGAAUAUGAACAGGGAAAAACCGAGUUCUCUCAAGACGAGGAUGCACAUGUCAUUGCUGACUGUGUCAAGUAUGUAAUUCGGGAGUUGCCAUCUUCUCCUGUCCCUGCAUCAUGCUGCAACGCACUACUAGAAGCAUGCAGAACCGAGCACAAUGCUAGAGUCAAUGCUAUGCGUACGGCAGUAUUGGACACGUUUCCUGAGCCAAAUCGUCGCUUAUUACAGAGAAUUCUAAUGAUGAUGCAAACUACAGCUUCUCACAAAAAUGAAAAUCGAAUGAGCUCUUCAGCUGUGGCAGCCUGCAUGGCGCCCUUACUUCUUCGUCCUCUUCUAUCUGGUGAAUGUGAUAUUGAAAAUGAUUUUGAUGUGGGAGGUGAUGGUUCAAUGCAACUGCUGCAAGCUGCUGCUGCAGCCAAUCAUGCUCAAGCCAUUGUUAUAACAUUACUGGAACAGUAUGAUAAAAUAUUUGGGGAAGGUUGUGUUUCCCCUGAUUUGUACUCUGACUCAGAUGAGAGUGGAAGUGAAAGUGAGGAAGAAGCUGACGAAGAUGAGUCCUAUGAAGAUGAUGAAUGUGAGGACGAAUCACAAGGGUCUGAAGAUGAUAACGACUCUGCUGAAAGUGGAACAGGCAGUGAGAGUGGUCAAUCUGUUAAAAGUGGUGAUGAUAAGGAUUCUGAAUCUUCGAGCUCUAGUUCUGAGUCCUCCAAAAAUAGUGGUGAUGUCAAAGCCACCAAAAAAGUUUCAAGUUCACUUAAUGUAAAUGAUAAUUCAAAAAAGAACGAGGAUAACCGGAGAAUUAAAAGUUCAACAACUGAGACCAAUAAAUCUGCUGAGCUGUCAAAAGGAGUUCAUGGAGUAACCAAGUUGGAGGAUGCAUCAACUCGUAGUCCAGUCUCAAGUGCCGCAAAACCCCCUGCUGUUGGAAACGGACCUGGUCACAAUGUCAGGCAUGCUUUUUGGGGAAGGAGUAGUGGAAGCAAGAAACUAUCUGUGGAUUGUCCUGAUCUUCCAUGUGAGGAAGAGGUUGCAGUUGAGUCACUUGAGGCUGAAAAAUGGGACUUGCAAAAGAGACUCACAAAAGAGAUUGAAGGUAAUACCAUUCUUGAAGCCAGCUUGGAAAAACGAAAGAAGGCAUUGCAUGAGCAACGGCUAGCUCUUCAGAAAGAGGUUGCAAGAUUUGAGGAAGAGCUUCAAAGGGCAAGGGAAAAGAGGAUAGCUCUGGAAGCAGGACUUAACCCGUCUCAAGGACCCAAAUCUCUCCCAGCUAAGCUUGACGAAAAGGUAGCCCAUGGCCUUCGUAAGAUUUAAUUAGUGUACCUAAUCUUUAUUUGCAUCAAGCUUUUUUAACUUUAAGAUGUAAUAAAGACAAAGGUAGAUCUCAAGGACAUAGCUCAAUCAGAGGCAGACAUAAUCAAUUUAAACAAAAAGGUUGAUGAUCUAGGGAAACAGGUUAAUCAACAUCCUGAGCAAAAGUCGACUUCCGUGAGUGAUUCAUGCAAUCAACGUGAACCAAAUC